GCAAAAAGGAUGAAAACGUCUAACCAAACAAGUGAGCCGGUAAAGAGGACCGCCAAAACACCGACAAAAAACUCUCAAACACCAAAAGGUAAUAGAAGCAGCCAGCAGAGGGAGCCAAAGAAAAACUCCAAACAAACUAGCGACACCUAUAACAAAAACGACAACUCAAGUGAAAAAGUAAACAACAAAAAUGGCGAGCAGUCAAAAUUUGCCUCUCCAAAUAAGUUCGAAAUAUUGUCUACAUUAACAAAUGAUCAAAACGAUGGAAAAAUAACUGAAACUCCUGGACCCAAUCGCCAACAACAAAUAACAGGGAAAAAUCUACAAAAUCAUUUCAACAACGAACAAAAAGAUGGUGCCAGCGUGAUAGACGAAAACAUGGACUUCGAAUCUGAAGAAGAGGACGACAUUGACGGUGAAAAACAAAAUAAACACAAGGAAAAAGGAAAUUAAAUUCGGAGCCAGUGAUCACGUGACAUCGACUGGAACGCCAAAGGACAUGAGGGCGGCGACUCGAUCAACUUGAAUAAGUGACGACUUUCGCUUCACGAUAAUUUUUUG